ACCACCAAGAGUCACAACUCCCAUACCUCGAUCUUUGCUUGCAUCAGAGAGUGUUGCAAAGCGUGCGUGCCUUGCCCUUGGGCCAGCUCCUAUUGGCCAGAGCCGCGCUCAGCUUGACGGUCUCGCUCGCGCGAACGCCCCACAUGGCUCUUCCAUCGCUUAGCCCUGUCGCAGCUACAGCCAUCGUACACUCGCUUCCAUCAUGAUGCCCCUUCCUCGACACACGCUCUCUUCCCACGUCUCGGCUCCCUUGUUCACCUGGGCUUCCUGCACUCCUUUGCGAGGUGACGUCAGCGAUGAGGCUGCAUCAAGGCCGGAUACGCGUCUUCAAGUGCACGAGGUGGUGGGGGCAAGGGACAGCCGGUCGGCAAGCAACCUGUAUGUAUGCGCUACCGACGAUGGUUUCAUCAUUCUCAGAGCUGCUCCUCUCAAGAUCGUGGCUAGGCGAAAUUUCCCCCCCUCUCAAGGUGGCUUGUCCUUCGCUUGCGCUGUUGACUCCAGCUCUUUGCUCGUGCUUGUAGGAGGAGGCAGGGUGCCCCUCUUCGCGCCCAACAAGGUCGUGCUGUGGGAUGAAGCCGCAAGCUUGUCCAUUGCCGCGGCUAGUUCCUCAAAAACAGCGGGACUGCCCGACGAAGAUCAAGCUUCCACAGUCUUUGAUGCUGGCUCAGCGCAAGCGCCCGGUCCAAUCUAUCGCAAGCAAUCGAGCAGGCAAGUGCCAGCUAUCUCAGGGAGUCCCACUGUGUCCGCAUCGUCUCGCUCCUUGGACCUGGAAGGGAUGGAAGCGCGACGAAGAGUAGCAGCAUGGGCGCGCGAGUCUGGUCAUCCUGACCUGCAUCUCUCAUCUGCGGCAUCUGAAGCUCACGAAGAUGACGCAUCGUCUAUUGCGAGCUCAUCUCGAGACUCAAAAGGUAUGCAGCGCAGUGGGGCACUUUCUUCUUUACUGCAUGGCAAUCUCCCGGCGCAUGAGCCAGUAGGUGAUGUGGAGGAUGAGGCUGAGGAGGAUGAUGGCCUCAUCCUGCGGGAAUCCUCGCAGGAGCUGGCGACAGACCCCACGGACCUCGAGCUGCGCGGCAUGUCGGCCAGCCAGCUCCAUCAGCUGUCGAACGAAGCCUCAACCAAAUUCUCAGACAGCUCGGCGGCCUUAGGGAAGCUUUCUAGUGAUUCCGAAAGCUUUAGGAUGGAUUCGAGCCAGCACGGAAACUCACAAGGCCGCAGCAUAUCAGCAAGUUCGGCCGGUCUAGACGACCCCUUUGCGUCUCACAGCGGUGAAGAUGCUAGGUCAAGCUCCUCGCGCUCUGCCUCGUCAGAUGGCGGAGCGUCAUAUUCGGGCGAGCAAUCGACUAAAGAGGACGUCAACAAGGCUUCACACCAGGCAAAGCGUGAUCAGCGCGGUGCUACAUCUAGGACAUCGGAGAUGGGCAGUGCAGCUGGUCUAGCGAGACAUUUGGAUGAUUUGUCGCUGGAACAGGCUGCAUCCGGCGCCCAGAUGGACAGAAGCCUCAAUACGAGCAUUACCGGGUCAGAAUUGCCUGCCGCCGCACAGGAACGGCGAACGGCGGCCAUGCGCGCUGGUGCUAUUCCCAUUCCGGAGCGCACUACUGUGAGCGAUGCAGAUCGUGGCAUCGCAGAGGGAAAGGGCAGAGAGGUAGCAGAGCUAGAGUUUGGCGAAGCUGUACAAGGUGUGCGGGUCAAGUCGUUCCGCCAAGGCACAGACCAACGCAGUACUAUGCUUGUUGCUCUUCUCGAGACUCAAGCUCAUGUCUUUGAGCUGGCAGACCAGCCGAACGAGAAGAGCGACGCUGUAUCUGGAGUAAUGAGUAGACCAAUGAGCGUUCGGCAGGUUGCAAAAUUGGAUAUCGCUGCGAAAGUUUCUUCAUCUUCUAUCGCCAUCUCUUCCCACGCAGGAGGUUCGGCUCUCGUAGCUUUGCCAGGACGGCAGAGGGGCCAUGUGCAGCUCUUGCGUCUCCCACUCUCACGCCACCAGCGCGGCAUGGAACGAAGAGCAAUUUUGACAGGCGCAACGUCCAUCCUAGCAGCCCACUCGUCUAGCGUUACCUCGCUUGCGUUAUCUCAGGAUGGCUCACUGCUUGCCACCGCUUCUGCUCGAGGAACCUUGAUCCGCGUCUGGGCGGUGACCAAGUCAGCUCCCCACAACGACGGUGGACGCGCAAAGACGCAAAUCGCGCCCUCUUUGUUGCGAGAGUUUAGAAGAGGCACGGAUCAAGCCGGCAUUCUGGACGUGUCUUUUGCACCCGACAAUUGCGCAGUGGCAGUAGCCAGCGAUACGGGCACCAUUCACAUUUUCUCGAUGCUCGAGGCCCGCAACGCAUCGACCUUGGACAACGUCCAAAACACGUCGCGUAAGACGACAACAGCAUUUCGUCUUUCUCAAAACGCCACAAAAUAUCUGCCGUCUGCGAUUGGUGGGCUGGUCGGCAAUAUACCCAAAGAGAUGUUGCCAAAGUACUUCAAGUCGGAGUGGUCCGAUGCUCAAUUCUUCAUCCCGCUCGAAGUAUUUUCGAGUAGGGGAAAGGGGCUUCUGGUCGGACCAAGGAAGACGCGUGAUGUCGGAGGUUCACACGCGCGCCAGAGCGCAAGAGACGAAAACCAUCGGAGCGACACGGUAGCAGCGCAGAAGGACAGCAGCAGAGUAGAGGCUGUGGGAGGUGGAGAGCAACGAAGUACAGAGGGCGCAUGGGCAGCGAUGAGAGCCAGAGUGGGCGACGUCCUGAAGGGAGAAGCAUCCAUUGAAGAGAGGAUCUUCUUGAGCUGGAUCCGCGCCGACGCUCCCAUGACCUCCACCUCACAGGAUGCAGAGACUGGUCGCGUCAAGAAACGAGCGCAAGACGAGGGUCCAAGUCUGGCUCCGAAAUCCAGAGAUGGGAAGUAUCAUCUCGUCGCGCUCACGUCUUCAGGAGGUUACUAUCGCAUCGCCCUCGCAGCUCGACCAGACACGUCUCGCGACGUCAUGCAGUCAUCGAAAGAAACAUCCUCGGUGGUUCUGGACAUGUACAAAGAGUCGGAAGAGGGAGCUUCGACCAGUGUGGACCCGAAGAAAGAGAAGCGCGGCAAAUCUUUUGGCUGCGAGCUUGUCGAAUUCAGCAGAUUUGGCAGCGAGAUGGACGAGUGGUGAGACGGAUGGCACGCUAAUGCCGCACGCCGGUGCCAUAGGGUGAACAACCUGGCGCGGGUCAUAAGAGUAGGCGCGGGGUGCCUCUCCUCUAGAUAUCAUCUUGCAGAAUUGCCUGCAAGCUUCUCCUGCAAGCUUCUUCUUGCGAACCCUUCAUGAGCAAUCGAAGCUUCUGCGCAGCGUGUAUUGCUUCAAAGUCGGUGUUUGCGCCGCCUGCACGAUUCACUCAUUCGCAUCUUGUACUGUACACGUCUCGCACCACUGACAACUAUCAUCUGUUCCCUUCUACUCCAUCCCUCCCGCAAUGGAUAUUUGUAAUCUUCAUUUCUAGCUCACACG